GGAUUGGGACAUGUCCCAACAUUCAGAACCUAAUAAAACAAGUAAAAGUUCCAGUGCUGGUGGAAUAUUGAAAAGCUCCAACAACACAACUUGUGCAGACAAAUCCAAUACUGAUAAGAAAAAGAGAGUAAGACUGCAAUGGGAUGAGGAAAACCUCCAAAGGAAUGAAACUGAAAGAGAACCACGGAUGACCAUUGCCGAACCGAAGACGCCAUAUCACUUGAGUGAUCGUUCUGACUCGGAUUCAGAGGCUUCGACAGAUCGUUGUGCGAAUUGGCAGGGUCAAGAAACACGAGACUUGCGUUUGGAAGCAGCUAUAUCAAACGCCGGCAAUCUUUCAGAAGAUAUUGGUUAUAGCAGCAAUUCUAGUCAAUCUACUCCACGUAGUCGUUCUAGUCGAGAGGAGUUUGAAAGAAAGCGCAAGUUUCAUUAUGAUGAGUUUAGAAUUUCCAAGUAUUUUAGGGAAAGAGGAGAGCUUUGUGUUGACCAAGUCCAUAGCCAUGGAGAAGAAGAAGAAGAAGAAGAACGGAUAGAUAGUGAAGAGGAUAGUGUGCCUUAUCCUUGCAAGGCAGCCAUAGAGUCUGAGCCCGUUUCUUCAGAAAGUGAAGAUUCCUAAGCAUUUAUAUAUAUAUAUAUUU